UAGAUAGAUUCCACUAGUGACAAAAACACCCAUACAAUACACAACAACAAGGCAAAUAUCAAAGGUUACUUCAGUAUUUUCAAAGUUUAUGUCUUUAGCUCUUGUCUGUGCGAUAGAUCCUUCACACUGAAAGGCAAAUUGAAAUUAUUGAAGAGUUCCUUGUCAAAAACACUGUAACUAUCGAUGGGUUUGAUGGGCCAAAAGGUAAAAUGGAGCUGGAGCUCAGCCUUAAUCGGAGCAGCAUCAGCGGCAGCAGCAACUUCUCUCCUCAGCGCCAAGCCAAAGGAUCCAACUUUCCACCUUAUCUCCAUAGACCUAACCUCACUCAAACUCAACCUCCCCGUCCUCGACGCCGAGUUGAUGCUCACCGUACACGUCACAAACCCUAACAUCGCAGCCAUCCAUUACUCCUCCACGACCAUGUCAAUUCUCUACGACGGCACGGUCCUCGGCACGGCCGAGGUCAAAGCUGGCUCGCAGCCGGCGAGAUCGUGCCAGCUUCUCAGGUUACCGGCGCGUCUCGACGGGAUGGAGCUUGCGCAACACGCGCGGAGGUUUUUUGCUGACGUGGCGAAGAGGGAGAUGAAGCUUGAGGCUAAGCUUGAUAUCGAAGGAGCGGCUAAGGUUUUGUGGUGGGACCAUAGUUUUAGGGUGCACGUGGAUAGUUUUGUUACUGUUGAUCCGGUCUUUCUCGAUGUUAUUGGUCAGGAGAAUACAUCUCAGAUGGAUUUGUUUCUUGCUUAACAAAAUGAUAAUUAUUAUGUUUAAGUUUAAUGAUAAUAUGUAUGUUGUUUCAUAGUUGAUCACUUAAUCUAAUGUUUUUAGUUAGGGGA